UGGACUCCUGCUGAAACAUGGGAUCCCGAGUGGAUUGAGCAGUGCUGCCGGGUCCUGAGCAAUAGUUUCUUCCUCGGCGAUGCCCAAAAUAGAAGCAACCCCUGCCAGCUUGCAAUGUCCAGCAUCAGCGUCGACGAAGCAAUGCAGACUACAAGCGGUGGAGCCAUCGAAGCACCACCAGACUUUUUGGGAACCGACGUGCGGAAUGCUACUGGCUCCACGCAAAGGGCACAACGCAACGAUAUCAACGAUGCCUACGAUGACGUCGACCGCGGCGUGAAGGCAUCAGGGGAACGCCCAUACAUAUGCGAAAUGUGUGAAACAUCGUUUAAACGCAAAUAUAGCCUCGUACAUCAUCUCCGUACACAUUCCGACGAGAAGCCCUUUCAUUGCGUCAAAUGUCCCAAAUCGUUUAAACGGAAAGAUCACCUCGUGCUCAAGGAGGACAUUUUAGACAUCACGCCGAAUAUAACGGGCACCCUACCAGCGCCUGAGGGAGCUUUCGACAACGUCUCUCACGAGUCAAUUCUACGAAAUCUGUGUAAAUCGUUUGCACACAAACAGGUGCUCGUAAGACAUCACCGUUUCCACACAGGCGACAGACCCUAUCGUUGCGACAUAUACUACCUGAACAACAUACGCGAGAUUCUACAUGUCAUAUACGAAGACGACAUCAUGGUGUGGACGGGCAGAGGAUCACUGGGGCAGAGGUAA